GACAGAAACCCUCCAGAUAAUUCGCAGCCCAAAACUAGGAAAACCCGAAGUUGAACAGUGAACACAGAAAACACAAACUUCGUUGUAUCUUUUGUUCUGUUCUUUCUCAGUUUCAUCAAACAGGGGAAAGAUUAUGUCAAGGUCUAGACUUUCAAGAAUUGGAGUUGGGAUAGUUAAAGAGCUUUCAAGAGAACAAUGUACAGCCUUGUGUAGAAAAUCAUUUAUAGGAAGGCCUUUUAGUGCAUGUUGGCGAUCUCAGGUCGAAUUACACCCAGAAUCUAAGGGGUACCAGGGUAUUAUAUUUCAAAAGCAUCAUCAGUUUUCUAGCACAGCUACCAGUAGAGAUUCUGCAGAUGGGAGUGACCCGAAUGAGAUGAUAUCUGUAACAUUUGUAGAUAAGGAUGGAGAGGAAAAGGAUAUCAAGGUCCCAGUUGGAAUGUCCAUGUUAGAAGCUGCUCAAGAAAAUGAUAUAGAACUUGAAGGAGCAUGUGAAGGCUCGCUUGCCUGUUCGACAUGUCAUGUGAUUGUGACGGACAUGGAAUACUACAACAAAUUAGAAGACCCAACCGAUGAGGAGAAUGACAUGUUGGAUUUGGCCUUUGGGCUUACAGAAACUUCUCGCCUGGGCUGUCAAGUGAUCGCAAAGCCUGAGCUCAAUGGCAUGCGCUUAGCUCUUCCUGCUGCCACUCGUAAUUUUGCCGUUGAUGGGUAUGUUCCAAAACCACACUAGAUAUGUUCUGGUACCAGAAUGUGUUUGUUGUGUGGAAAAAAAAGAAGCAAUCUUCACAGUUUUGUAGCUCCUUUACUGUAGUGGAUCAAUGAGCAUCUCCAACAAUCAAGUCAUCCCUUUCCAUUGAUUAUUACAUAUCUGUCUCAAUAAUCACUUUCCCGAGGUCUUAAGAGCAUACAGCAUCAAUGUUACCAUUUCCUGGUCAGCUAAGUUGUUGCUAGACCUUGAAAUUUCUAUCAUAUAAUUUAUCUCCAAACUUUACAGAAUAUGUAACUCAGUGCAUAAAUUUAUUAUAUAACAUUCUUUC